GCCAUUUAGCAACAGAUGAGCAGCGCUUCAUGUUCGUUUCGGGCAGUCAGAGUCACGCAUUGCCCCGAAGGAGCACUUUUAACUGCGUAAUGUUUGUCGGGGUCGCGGUGCGUCCUGUCGUCUCUCCUGCACCGUAGCUUGCUAGCCCGUUAGCGGCUCCCUCGUGUUAUCGCUGCCCGUGUGUGCCGGAUCGCUAUGGAUGUGCUCUGGAUGAUACCGUUGCUGCUGGUCCCGCUCCUGAUGUGGACCAGCAGCACGUUUGUUUUCUAUUUCAAAAAGUGCUUUUACGUCGCCUGGAUGAUGUGCUUGGCCCUGGUCGCGAUCCCCCUGUGCAUACUGAAGAGCGGAGGCAGAGACGUUGAGAACAUGAGGAUCAUCCGUUCCCUGGUUCGUCAUGUCAAGUACUUCCUGGGUCUUCGGUUUGAAGUGACCGGUUGGGAGCAUCUGCAGACACAGGGUCCCUACGUCAUCAUCUCCAACCACCAGAGCUCUCUGGAUGUUUUGGGUAUGAUGGAGAUCUUACCAGACCGUUGCACUAUGAUUGCCAAGAAGGAGUUGGUCUACGCUGGCACAGUGGGCCUCAUCUGCUGGCUGGGGGGCAUCGUCUUCAUCAACCGCAAGAAGACGAGCGAUGCAAAGAGUGUCAUGGCUGACGCUGCCCAAACCAUGUUGGAUGAGCAGAUUCGUCUGUGGGUGUUUCCAGAGGGAACGCGUAACCAGAGAGGCGACCUGCUGCCUUUCAAAAAAGGUGCUUUCCACCUGGCAGUGCAGGCACAAGUACCCAUCAUACCCAUCGUUUUCUCCUCCUACAGCAACUUCUACCUACGGAAAGAAAAGCAGUUCAAAUCGGGGACCAUCAGAUUGAAGAUCCUUCCAAAGAUCGAGACAAAGGGAAUGACGUCAGACGACGUUUCAUCCCUGUCCGACAAAUCCUUCAACGUGAUGCGCUCUGCCUUCAUGGAAAUCUCUGGUUCCGUAACCCAGAGUAACGGGCCCUUAAGGCACUGAACAUUUACCAUACUCCCACCUCUUUUUCUGCCCCCGUCUGAGACCCAUUCCUCCCCCAAGACCUCCCCGCUCUCCCCAGGUUGUCCCAUUACCUGGCCAGGAAACAACAUGACACAGGUUUCUUGUCAUGAAAUCUCUUCUUGUCUAGUUCGCCUGGUCCAGUGCGCCGCUGGCCUGGCCUGACCAUACAGCACAGUCAGUCCCGACCCUCACUGUGUCUGCAGCAGCAGCACCAGCAGCAGCGCUGCUCUGCACGCCGUGAGUGGAGUGACGGACGGCAAGCCGAACAGUAUGGAUGUGUGUUGUUCAUGCAUGCCUUUUGGAUGGCUCUGUCCACCUUCAUCCUUGCUUUGUACUCUGGCUACGGAAAGCCUGGCUUUGUUAUUGUCUUACUUUAUCACCGUUUUGAACUUUCUUUGGCCUUUUCCUCCCCUUUUGUCUCCUCCUGCAUUCUGUUUAGCAGAUAAAGUUUGGCAUUUUCUCUUUUCUGUUCAUAAAUGUCAGUGGAUAUUUAUGUGUUCCUCUCAUGAUGCCUUGGAUUUGGUUAUCUUUCAGUGCUUACACACACAUAUUUAGAGUAGCCCAUCUCCUUCCUUCCUUUGCUUUCAGUGCGUUCUCCCCUUUCUGCAUUCCAGUCUCUUGCCUAAAGACAAAGCGGAGCGGGGUCUCCACCAGUGGUGGAGCGUGGAGGGCGACAGUGGUCGGCCACAGACUUCUUUAGUUCUGUUGCUAUGAAUUCAACUCUGUAUCCAUAUUGGCUCUUAAACUCAAUGACCAAUAGCUCCAUGACAUACUUCAUGAUGUCAGAAAGCAAGGAAUGCAAGGUUACAAGAUACCGUGUAUAACAAUAGCACCCACUUGUACUGAAUUAAUGGACUUCUUUCAGUGUUGUGUGUUGUUGGUGUAUCAUCGUGCGUUCUUUCAGUUCGUCUCCAAAAGAAUCGAAGUAACCGGCGUGCAGCACCGAGCAGCAAGUGUCUUCUAGCUGUGCUCUACUUUUUCUUUUUUUUGCUAUUUAUUUUCACAUCUGAUAAUCAUGUCUUGUUCUUUUUUGUAAAGCAAUCACAUGUUUUUGCUCCUCAGAAAGAACUCAUAAGUGAACCUAUUUAAGAUGUGUCAAAAACAGGUGACUUCAUAAAGUGCAAUGUCCAAGCAUUACUGUUCCAAAGUGCGAGCUACCUGCUGUGCCAUGACAAAGAUUUUUUUUGGGAAGUUUCCAACGUCAGCCCAUUGUUAUCUCGCUAUGACCUGCUUAAUCAGUGAUUCACUGAUCGAUUAUUCUUUACUCGUGAUAUAUUGUCGCCUUUACCAAUGAUACCAGGCUGUAAGGAGAAGGGUAAAACUUGUGUAGAAUUCUGAAAUUAUUUAGCUCUCACGCUUUUUUUUUAAUUAUUAUUUUUUUUUGUAAAUUUGAUCUGGUUUUAUAUGUUUUGAUUAACUGGAAGAGUUACUAAUUACUAACAAACCUGACAAAUUACAUCUAAGGAGAAUUUAUUAACUUAAAGUGCAUUUUGUUGAUUGGCUAUGUGAAGGCUUGUCCCUGAAUUUUAAUAAUAUGAAAGUGAACAAUGUUCUAGUUGUGAUUCAGUUAUGACUUAACCUCGUAGGAGAAUAUUAGAUUAUUUAAAAAAAGUGUUUUGGCCUUAAGUUUGAUUGGUUGUUGUCGUUGCACUU